CCUAACAGAAAGAGGUUUAGAGCUCGGGCUUUUUUCAUCCGACUACAAUUGGUCUGGGCUACAAUAGGUGAUAAGUUACAACAUGAAAUUCAAAACUCCAAUUUUGCUUGAAAUCCAGGUCCUAUGGGGAAAAUUAGAGUAAAAAUUCGGUAUCUCAGCAACAAAGCUGAUUGCGCAUGAACCAAGUUGGGAUUCUUCAUAGUCCAUGAGGAUCUACAUUUUAAAAAUAGUCCCACUCAAAAAGGUUUUUAGCACCUCAGGAGGUUCCCUCGGCAGAUAGCCAGAGCAGGACUACAAGUCCAGUCAUAAACGAGUCCAUCCCUGGCUAUAUACAGAGAGACCAGUGAGGAAAUAAUAAUAUAAAUAUUCUAUGUUUCUUCACUAAAUUCCACGUUCUUUAUACAGUUUCAGUUUAGCAAAAUAAAACGGUGAAUGAAUAUUUUCUGAAUACUCGCAUGCGUAACUGAGUACUCACUGAGUAACAAUACUCAAAAACUGUUAGUAAUUCGCUUUAAUUAGAGCUGGAAGACUGCGAUAUUCGGAUUGGGCCUGUUGAAAAACGGUAUUCACCUACGUUUGACCUUGAAGGCAGACAAAAAGUUUCCCUUGAAAUCUUUGCCUGCCGUCCCUCCUCUGGUGUUUUGCAUUAUAAUCGCUUAAUCACCAUUUCCUAGAGCUGGAAGACAACUCAUUUUGAUAAAAUCAUUUCGGACUAUUUGAUUCCGUUAGUAUCUAUGCUGUGAUUACCAGUCAAAAAUGACUCUACGUGUGUUAUUUCGUGUGCUCUAUCUACUGAGACUACAAUUAGAGUUUCGCGUUUUUUAAUUAAGUCAAAAAGCGAGUUUUUUACUUAAUUAAAUUUUUCUAAAAACUUGUAUAUCUCGGAUUGUACCUAUUUUCGAAAUGUAAAAUAUUCAAAUUCUGACAGUUUAAAAUUUUGUGUAUACUAAGGUAUUAUAAUUAUGUCACCUCUUCUCACUGUAAUCCCAAAACAUAAAAAUCAACUAAAUGCCCUUAUAUUGAUGGCACGUUAGAAAAACAAGAAUCUGUUUUAUCAUAUAUGGGAAGAGAGAAAAGAGAGAAGAAAAAACAUAGUUUCUCUUUUUUUCAGUGAACACGAACGUAUAUCUGCAGAAUGAAAAAAGGGGAAAACUUAAGUUUUAAACGUUUAAAAGAACUUUUAUCCAACACCAAUGUGAUAUUCGGAAUCUACGAAAAAAAAACUGCAUCGAAUGGUGUAUAACUCGACUUGUUUAGAAAAAAAAAGUUUUCGUCCUAAUUUUUUGGGCUAAGCACCUGACGUAAAAGUUUUGAAGAAAACUUUUUGUCUGCCUUCAAGGUCUAACUUGCCCAAUCCGAAUAUUGCGGUCUCCCAACUUGAAUCAAAGCGAAUAAAAGGUAGGUAGUGUUCACAUAGAUAUAUAUUCAAUCAAAUUAAUAUUCUAUGCAUAGAGCUCUCAAAAAGAAAAAAGAAUCGAUGCCAUACGAAGUUUAUUAAUAACAAACAAAACAAUUUCAUAAUAUUAUUUUGAAACCAAAUAACGUAGUUUGUCAAGUAACGAAAUAGUAAUUUAAAACAAUCGCUCGACGAAAAAGUUUACAGUUAAUGUUUUCGAACUGCUUAUAGGUUAGUAUAAUUUAGUAUAAAAACUCCUAUCUUUAUACUUUUGACAAACUACUUUUCGAAUUUUAUUAUUUAUUCUUAUUACUGCAAAUUUACUAAGUAUGAUUAGUUGGUUAAACUAAUGUGAGUAUGAUCAAGAAAAAUUUAACAAAACAAUUGAACAAAUUGGAUUCUAGAGAAAUUCAGAUCUAAUAUCAUUACUUUUAGUUUAAUUAUGUAUAUUUCAAUUCAAAACGUUUGCAGUUGUUACGGUAAUUUAUUAUUUGAAUCACUUCAUUGUGAUCGAUGUCAUUCGUUAAUACCCUUUCAACUGAGUGAUGAAUUGUUAAUUCAACAACAAAAUGGAAAUGAUAUCAAUAAUACAAUUGCAAAUAUAAAUAAUAAAAAACUCAGCACAUCAUCUACUUUAUUCUCCUACAAUCAUCAACAGCAUAAUGCUCAACAAUCAACGGGUCGUAUUCGUUUUCGAGCAAUGUGUCCAUUUUGUAAUAGUUUAUCGUUUACAAUGCGUACAUUUUGUAAACGUGAACGUCUCUAUUAUCAUUUACGUAUUCAAAAUAUGGGCCAAAAUGAUCAACGUUUGCUCCCUUCCGAUCCUGCUGCACUCAAUUCGGGUAUUAUGAUUGAUCAAUACGGAAUAAAACGCGAUCAAAAUGGUGGAUUUGAUGAUACACUGUCAUUACAAACAAAAUUUAAUCAUAGUCAGACUAAUAUCAAUAGUAACAGUAGCGCAUACGUAAAUCCAGCAACAUCCACUACUCAAAUAGAUGCUGAACGUAAUUCAUACGUAUUAAAUGAACUAGAAAACGAUCUAUUUACAACAUUAAAAAAUGGUUUAUUCUUUGAUACAAUUAUUGUUUGCCAAGAUAAUAUCAGAUUACAAGUACAUCGAUGUAUUCUAGGUGGUCGUUCCGGAUGGUUUCGUAAUUUGAUAAGUGAUUAUCAUGAGUCAAAUACAAAUGAUGAUUAUGUAUUACAAAUAAAUAUUGAUGAUAUUUCAUCCGAAAUUAUGAGUGAAAUUUUAAAUUAUAUUUAUACAAAUCGUUGUCGUAUCGAUUUAAAAAAUGCUCAAGAUCUACUAUUAGCAUCGAAACGUUUUGAAUUAGAUAAAUUAAAAAAACAAAUAAGUGAAUUUUUGUCAUAUCGUUUAACAGUGGAUAAUGCCGUUGAUUUAUUAAUAUGUGCACAUGAAUCAAAUACAUUGGAAUUAAAACAAGCAUGUAUUCGAUUAAUUAAUCGUUAUGCUGAGAAAAUAAAACGUACAGAUAAAUGGAAUCAAUUAAAAACACAAUAUGUUGAUUUAGUACCUGAAUUAUAUGAAAAUCGUGUUGAUCCUAGUUUAGUAACAACAUUUCCUGAUGUAUUUAAUAAACAAACAGGUGGAGAAAGUUUUUCAUCAUUGAAUGAAGUUUAUGAAUAUCCACCAAAACCCAUUCAACAACAGCAAUUAAAAGCAUUAACGCCACUACCUCGUACACCCUUAGGUAGAAUAAACAAUUCUGGACCCUAUCCAACUCAACGAAACGAAUCAUCACUAUCAUCUUUGACUGUCAUGGACGAUUUAAGACCUGCAAAAAAUUGGAAAAAUGCCGAUAACGAUAAUACCGGCAAAAGAAAUAAAAUUAAUAAUAAUCCACCUAAACGUCGAAGUUCUAUCCGUACCGUAUUUCCUCCCGUCAUCAUGACACAAAAUACAGAGAUCGAUCAACUUAGACGGCCAGUGAAUGUUCAUGAAAAAAGUAAAUCAUUGCCACAAACAGAUAAUAGAAUGUAUUCACCAACUCGUCAGCAACUAUCAUCGCCACAGACAUCAUAUAGAGCGGCGACACCUGCUCCACAAUCAGCAAGAAAAACUAUACAAUUAGAAAUACUUCGACAGUCACCAACAGAACGGAAAAAAGUCGCCCGUGUUGUUAAACUUGAUAAUAGUGACUAA